CGUGCUUCUGAGCAGGUUCAAGGAGAACAACUCCCGACUUCCGGUUUUCUAUCCAUGUCGCUUCCUGUCGGUGGCUUGUUAGCAGCGCAAUGUGGAAAUCAAGUCGGGGUGUUUCAGCAAGAUUAAGGCGCUGUUGUGUUGCUAAGUACCAGCAGGCCUUAAUACACUCAAGAAGAAAGCUGUCAACACAAGCUCCAGGUUCUGGAUCCGCUUUGAAACUUGGUAAAUGGAUCUUAGGGACUGGCUUAACAGGUUUCACUGGUGUCGUUGGUUAUGCUUGGUAUGAUCCUUCGGUGAAGAAUGCUAUUGAACAAAACAUUCCCUAUUCCAAAGAGGCCUUGAAACCAAUCUUUGAUGUGUUGCCUGAAAAAGUUACUCUUCCUACACUGCCUCCCCAUAUAAAGCAGUAUUUGCCAUGGUCAACAACAGAAGAACCGGCACCACAAGAAGCCCCAAAACCUGUGAAAAAGGUCCCUAAAUUACCUGAUCCUGAAGAAAUAAAGAGAAAAGAAGCUGCCGAGAAAAAGUUAGCAAUGGCUAAAAAGGCCGAAGAAGAAAAGAGAUUAGAAGCUGAAAAACUAUCAAAGAAGAAGAAGACAGAGGCAGAAAAACACGAAGAAAAAACUUUGGAAACUGCCAGACAGAAAGCUGAAGUGGAACGUCAGUUGAAGGAGAAACAAGCUGUAGAGGCUGCAGAAAAUGAAGCUCUUGUACUCAUAGUUACCACGGCAAUGAAGAAUGCUAAGGAGGCAGCAGCCAGAGCAAAUGAAUCUAUGGGAAAAAGAGUGGAAGCAGUAAAGCAACAUGCCAAAUUCCUCAAGAAUGCAAUGGAGGAUGCUUCAGCAGUUUUGGAGAAAGACAGUCAGUGGCAAGCUGUAGCCAGUGCAUAUGAGAUACGUCAAGCUGUCACAAAUGAAUGUGAUAAGAAGGUGAUGAAUGCCAGAUUACAAUUAGAAAAACUUCGUAAAACAUUAGAUGAUGGUUUUGGUAACACUGCUACCAAACACAAUGCACUAUUGAUUGAUGGACAGGAGUUAUUUAAUAAUAUUUCACACAGCUUGAAUAUAUCUUCAAGUGAGGUAUCUAGAGCAGAAAGUGAAGGCAAAAUGGCUGAGAAGUAUAAACAUCUUGUGGAUCAAAGCCGGGAGAAAUUUCGAAGAGAGCUCGAAAGUAUUGUGCCUAGUAUAAAACUCGGUGAUAGACAAAGUAAAAAGAUGUCUGAAGAGGACCUAAACUCAUUGAUUGUUCAUGCCCACACUCGCAUUGAUCAGUUACAGAAACAGCUUGCUAAACAGGUUGCCUUGGAGCAGGAAAGGUUCCAAGAAGCAGUGCGUGAACAACGGGCAGAUGAUGCCAAAAGAGCUGAUGUAAAACUGAAUGAAGAGUUAGACUUUGCGAAGAAACAAUUUGAAAUUGAAAAAGAAAAAUUACUGAUGAAAGCUGCAAUUCAAUUUGAAGAAGAUUUACGAUCACAUCUAGCACGUCAAGCUGCAGCUCAUAGUUGUCACCUGAAGGAUGCUCUCGAAGUACAUGAGAAAGAACUUGAGACAGAGUUUGAUAAGAGACUGAAUAUAAAGAUUCUGGAAGAACGAGCUACCUUCCAGACAGAGAUGUCUGGUUGGAUUGGUCGGCUGAAAGGUAUUGAAGCUGCAGUUGAAGCCCGAGCAGAAACAGAGAAAUUAGCUAAACAAGCUCAAGAGUUAUGGCUGGCUUGUGUAGCUCUUAACGGCGUCAUUCGACAGGGGCGUAAAAAUAUACUGUCUAAUGAAAACCAAUUGAAACCGUUGAAGAAAGAAAUCAGAACAGUUACUGAUGCUGGGCAGAACCAUCCAUUUGUGUCAACAAUCUUAAACUCUAUCCCUGCAGUGGCAAUUGAACGUGGAGUUUGGACAGAGGAUGCUCUGAAGGAGCGUUUUAUUAAAGUGAAAAAAGUGUGUAAAAACGUGGCUAUGAUAGAAGCUCCAGGCUCAUCAUUGUUUAAGUAUCUUCUCUCCUACUUACAGUCGUUUCUUAUAUUUGAGGCUGCAUACAUCAAGAAAGAGAAAGAUCUAAUAGAUGUUGAAGAACUGACUACUUUUGCCAUUUUGGCCAAUGCCGACCAUUAUCUCGAAAAAGGUGAUAUUGAGAGAGCUGUGCGCCUCAUGAAUCAAUUACACGGCCAGUCCCGGUACGUAGCUUCCGACUGGCUCCAGGAAGCCAAACUGUUCCUCGAGACACGACAAGCUGCUGAAGCUCUUAUUGCAUUCGCAGCAGCCCGAGGACUAGGACAGUUAUUUUAGGUUUGUAACUGAUUUCAUACUUGAUCAGCCCUUAUUUAAUACAGAUCAUUGAUGAGGUCAUCAUAGUUAUAACAGAGAUAUAUAAAACAAAAAAAAAAAAAAACCAACCACUUGUGUGUAUGUACGA